UGUUCAAGCUGGAGGACUCGAUGCCAUUGCACAUUAUCGCCACUACAAAGAUGAUGUGCGGGUGAUGAAGGAAAUGGGACUUGAUUCCUACAGAUUCUCAAUCUCAUGGCCUAGAAUAUUGCCUACUGGAAGAAGAACUAAUGGAGCUGGGAUAAACGAGAAAGGAAUACAAUUCUACAAUAGCCUCAUAGACGAGCUGCUUGCCAACGGUAUAAAGCCAAUGGUGACUAUCUUCCAUUGGGAUGUACCCCAAGCAUUGGAGGAUGAAUACCAUGGGUUUCUUGACAAGAAGAUUGUGAUUGACUUUGUGGAUUACGUAGACCUAUGCUUCAGCAGACUUGGUGAUCGAGUGAAACACUGGAUAACAUUCAACGAGCCAUGGAGCUUCAGUGUGGGAGGGUACGCAACGGGCACUUUGGCACCUGGUCGUGGAGAUUCUUCUAAUGCAAGAACUGACAUAGCAUUCCAGUUUCCCUCAAGCAAGGCAACUUCACAGCAAGCAUCGGAAUUUGCUGGUGCUCCCAAGCAAGGGAACGCCGCCACUGAGCCAUACAUAGUGUCACACCACCAGCUUCUGGCUCAUGCUGCUGCUGUUCAAUUAUACAGGCAGAAGUAUCAGAGGAGCCAAAAGGGUAAAAUUGGUAUUACACUUGUGUCAAAUUGGGCUGUACCUUACCACAAUACUAAAGAAGAUCGGGAUGCUGCACAAAGGGCAAUCGACUUCAUGUUUGGAUGGUUCAUGGAUCCCAUAACCCAUGGCGACUAUCCAAGUUCAAUGCGGUCUCUUGUAGGCCAUCGACUUCCAAAGUUUUCUAAACCGGAAUCAGAACUCUUGAAAGGAUCAUAUGAUUUCCUGGGAUUCAACUACUACACUGCUAACUAUGUGCUCAACGAACCAGGUCCUCCUUACACUUUGGAUUCUCGGGCUAAAUGCACUCCUUACCGUAAUGGCAAACCAAUUGGAGAACGGGCUGCUUCUGACUGGCUCUACGUUUAUCCAAAAGGAAUAUUGGAACAUGUUGAUUACAUUCGAGAGAAAUACAACAACCCCCCUAUUUACAUUACUGAGAAUGGGCGUGAUGAGUUCAAUGAAAAGAACUUGUCUUUCUGGCUAGCUUUUUUUGACCCCAAAAGGAUAUCUUAUCACUACAGGCAUCUUCGAUUUCUGAAGAAAGCAAUAGACAAGGGAGCAAAUGUGAAAGGAUACUAUGUCUGGUCAUUGAUGGAUAAUUUAGAAUGGAGCACAGGUUUUAAUUCUCGUUUUGGUAUGAACUUCAUUGACUAUGCUGAUGGUCUGAAAAGGUAUCCAAAACUGUCAGCUGGAUGGUUUAAGUUCUUCCUCCACAACGAUGAAGAAACUAACGCUUGAGGACUUCAAUGGUCUGGAGACUUUCUCCAAUACCACUUCCCUAUCAAGUUCAUUUACCAAGAAUUAUUUGUAUGUGUGCUAUUGAGACUUUCUUGUACUUCACGUGAAGUUCAUUUACCAAAAAAUAUUGUAAGUGUGCUUUUAACUUGUGCCUGGAUUCAUCAUUUACUAUUUAGAGUAAUGCUGGAUUCAUAAAAUGUAUUUCCUGGUUUUUUUGUG